AUGGCCGAUUCAGCGAGCACAUCCGGCGUUACAGCUGAUGGAUUGAAGGAGAAGCUAUCGAAUCAAUUGGAUGCGGAAUUUGUCGAGAUUGAGGACAUGUCCGGUGGCUGCGGUCAAGCCUUCCAGGCAAUCAUCGUAUCUCCCCAUUUCGAUAAAAAAAAUAUGCUUGCGCGCCACCGACUAGUCAACUCGGUCCUCAAGGAUGAAAUUGCCGCUAUCCAUGCGUGGACGCCAAAGUGUUAUACCCCAGAGCAAUGGCAGAAGUUGCAGGAUGAGCGUGCUUGA